AUGUCGCAGAGCCUACUGGCGCACCUGCAGCAUGCGCUGAUCCGCAUUGCGACGAUCUCCCCCCGCGUGCUUGCGAGUCCUCCGACGCAGCCGAGGCGCGCGAGUGUGGCGCUCAUUGUGCGCAUUCGUCCCGCUGCCGAGGACGAGUCGUGGCUCCAGUCGAAAUGGCGGCAUGGCGAGGUGAAGGAGGAGGAUGCGCACUACUUCCCCUCGAUGACACAACAAGACGCAAACGGCACGUUGAGUACCGAGGCGCGUCUGCGGCAGUUCUUCUCCCUACCGUGGGUGCAGCGCGGCACGGCCGAGCUGUUGUUCAUCAAGCGCGCUGCGCGCGAGAACGACCAGUGGUCGUCGCACGUCGCGUUCCCUGGUGGCCGUCGUGACGAGGAGGAUGAAAGUGGCCUGUACACGGCGAUGCGCGAAACCUGGGAGGAAGUCGGGAUCGACCUUGCCGAGAAAGAAUUCCUGCAGGUCGGUCACCUCGAGGACCGCGAAAUUACGAGCAGCCUCGGAAAGCGCCUCUUGAUGAUUUUGAGCCCGUAUGUUUUCCUGCAGCUUUCGCCCUUCUCGCAACCGCCCCACCUGCAGCCGAGCGAAGUCGAGUCGGCGCAGUGGGUCCCGCUCAACCUGCUCUUUACGCCCAAGCCCAAGUGGGGCACCAUCCACAUCGACUUUGCGCGCCAUGCGCCGAGGAGCUCUGCAGUGCGCGGCAUGCUGCGCCUGCUCAUCGGCAAGAUGUCGUUCCGGUGCAUUGAGCUCCCCAACCGCCCGACCGCCCUCGCGGAGAUCAACGAGAACGACCCGUCGGUGUCGACUGCGGGCCUGAUGCCUAAGGCGGACCUUCCCGAUGCAAAGAGCGAGGACGACGACGGCGUCACGCGGCAGCUCACCGACUCGGAGCAGGACUACAUGGAGCAGUGCACGCCGCACCUGCAGCUGUGGGGCCUCACGCUCGGCAUGACGCUCGACUUUCUCGCGCACAUGUCGACGCACAAUAUGCACCUGCUCCCCCGCGACGCGCGCUCCAAGACGAUUGUCGAGCGCGUCAUGGCCUACACGCCCUCGAGCUGGUUGCUUGGCGCGCCCGACGGGGGCGUGCCCGUGCGCAAGGCGCCGAGCGUCGUCGAGGUGUUCCCGCGCUUCAGCUACCCCGAUGUCAACUUCUGGAUCUGGGUGUUUGGGUGGCGCUACCGCGUCAUCCAGCGCGGCUGGGAGCGGAGUAUCGGCACCGAGAUGGAGCGCCGCGCGCACUGGUCGGGCCUUGCGCUCGCCGCAUUCUAG